CAGUGUUAUGCCGUGUAUAAAAAUACAGUUUGUAAUCAAUUUGGCAAAGACGAUAUAGAGCUGAAGGGAUUCUUUUUUCCAAAAGAUGUUUCUUUGGAAGGAAGCAAAAAUGGCGUUCUUUUAGAAAACGCCAGUCGAUCAUUUCCUGCCCAGGUGAAACUAGGCGAUACACUAGACCUGAAUUGUACAGCAAACAUUGGUAGCGAUCCUAAUGUGACGAUAUCUUGGUUAUAUACUACUCCGUUUUCAAAUGGCCAAUUUAUACGUGAUAAGCCUAAAGGAAACUCUUCGCCAGGAACAUCAAUAAAGGACGAUAACUGCCAGUAUAUACGAAGUGCCACAAUAAGUCACACAAUAGAUGGAACAGAUGAGAUGAUGGGUAACAUAUCAUACACAUGUCAGGUUGAAGUGCAGUCUCCUGAUGGGUCUUUGAAAAAAGUUAUGUCAGAAGAUGUUUUGUUUGUUGAAAUAUAUAAACUGUGCCCUCGUCCACCGCCAAUUGAGAAUGGCGACAUAGUGAUAACGGGAACAAGUAAUGGCUCAAAAGCUGAACUUAUCUGUGAUCAAGGUUAUAAAAGAUCUACAGGAUUUGCAACUUGUACAAGCUCUGGAAAAUGGGAUACAAAUAUGAUGUGUAGUAAAAUAGGAACAACAGUUGUUUCCAGUGCUACCAGUACAACGACACUAACACCCACAGGCACAACAGUUGUUUCCAGUAGUACCACUACAACGACAGUAACACCGAAAGGUAAAAAGCAUUAAAUUAUGGCUGAAAACAUGUGAUCCUUGCAAUAUUUGCUUUUUGACAAAAAGAAAAACAACAUUUUGUUCAAUAGCAAUGAGAAAAUAAAUAAAAAUAAAAUGUAACAACGGUUUACAAACUGAUU